AUGAAUGGUAAACUCACAACUUCUGACGCAGUCACGCGAUAUCUCCGCGGAAGAAAUACUACUGUCGAAGAAAUCAUAGAUGUGUCGACUAAACUCAUCAACAAUGAGUUACCAGUCUACCUGCCGGAUAAAGAAACUUUUAUCUUUAAACUAUUGUGUGACAGGUUGAAUGAUCCCAAGAAUGAAAAAUUUCACUACAAUUGGAGAGUUUGGAAGUUAUUUCAUGAAAUAUACUAUCAACUAAGCGAUAACAAGAAUCUCUUAAGAAAUCUGAAAGCUAGUGAAGUGUUAAGUAAAGUGGCCGAAGAUAUCGUUGAAAAGACCAUUUUGGAUAAGGAGUUGAUUGAUCAGGUGUUUGAUGUGUUUGAAUUACUGCUCAAUGAGCUGUUUAUUGGAUCUAGAAAUGCUGUCAAGAUUUUAAAGUAUUUCAUCAGCUUGUGUCUCAUAUCUAUGAACGAAGAUCACCAGUAUACCGUUUUUAGAUACUACUCAUCACUGCGAACGAAAACAGAAGAUAAAGUAGCGGGUGAAAUUUUCAAAUCAAGUUUUGAAAACCUCCUGCGUCUCUAUUCUAUAUCUCAAGCUUUCGUUGAGCAAAUCACCACUGAUAACUCUGAUAAUAGGCAAACGGUGAACGAGGGCGUUAUAUUUUUUGGAAGUCUUUUGGUGGAUAAACUGUCGAAGAAUACUAAAGAUAUGCAAGACUUAAAUGAACUCUAUUCUUCCAUGAUUCGAUACUAUUCCACUCAAGAGAUGAGGGUACAAAUGCUAGAAGAGUUGAUUAAGAGAAAUAGAACAUUGGAGCCUUAUGUCUUGGAUAUGUUGGUUUUGGAUUCUAUAGCUACGAAGAGCUUCAUCCUCAUUGAAACUAUCUGCAAGUUGAAUCCACUAGUUGUCAUGAAUCGUACUGCCGAUAUAUUUUCCUGCUACAGACUGAAUGACAAUGUUUCAUCGUUAAAUAAAACGCUCACUCUUGCUUUUGUCAAUGCCAAUGAACUGGACAGGUUUAUUAGAAUAUGGAGUUUACAAGCCACAUCGGGAGUUGCAGAGAAAAGUUUUCUGGACUCAAGUCUGAUGCAAGACAUAGCGGACAAUAUUCACACACUUUCAUUUUUUCAGUUGAAUGCUCUCAUUGACCAUCUUUUAGAUGCCAAGCGUAUUGUACCUUUAACCGUGGUGGCAAAAGGAAUGUGCUUUAUAAUUACCAAUAGGCUUUAUGACAUGACUAUAGUGAACCAAUUUAUCAGUCACGCCAAUAAGUUGAAACCCAAAUUUGAUGUCCUUUUCACUGCAAAAUGGCUCACAGACCCAAGUAUUUGGGAAUUGAGAUACACCUUACUGUGUUUAUAUGAUGCAGACCUCAAGGUUGACUUCAAGUCAUUGAUACAUUGCAAGGAUAGGAAUGAAUAUUAUUUCUAUACAUGUUUCAAAGCUAUUGAAAUUGACCCCUCUAUUGAAAACCCCAAAAUAUUCAGUCGCUAUCUCAAAUGGCUGUCCAAGGAACUCAAAUCCAAAAGUGCUUUUAAUUCUUCUCUUGUAUCAUUCAUUUCUUUUAGGUGGAUUAAGAUCAUUGAAAUCUGUUUUUCAAAUUCCCAAAUUAAAAAAUUGCUAGCUAUUUUGCUGAAAGGCAAUUGCUUCUUUGAGGCUCACCCAUUUUUCUUCGAACAAGAGAGAAUUUUGGAUAUCAUUUUUGAGUAUUUCUGUGCUUCAUCCCUUGAAAACCCCGAAGUUUUCAUUGAAUUCUUUGAAUCCGCUCCCAUUCAAGUUUUUUCCAAACAAAACAGAAUAGACAUAUUGAAAGUUUUGAAUGAUCUUUGCAUUAAUGGCUCUGAUAAAUUGAAGAUUCUUUCGAUCAAUCUUGCUGUCAAACUACUAAAAUAUUCCAUCAUAGAGUCACCAUUCUCUGACCUUUCAAACUUGAAAGUGUUAUUCAAAAAAUUUGCACAGUUUCCGGCCGAAGCUCUGUCUUUGGUGAGUAGUCUAUGUUCUAAUCAGACAUCCGAAUUUACCGAGAGUCUUUCAUCCUUCUUGCUGAAGCAAAAUUUGCAUGACGAGUCACUAAUGUUCAAAGUGUCCCACACAGUACUUAUAAACUCGAAAGAUUCUGCAAGUCAGAAGCUAAAUGCUAAAUUCAUUGAAGUUGCUCGAUCAGAUAUUGUCCGCUAUGCAAAGUAUUUAGUUGAUUUGCCACUUCCAAGUAACGAAUUCUCAAAAUUGAAGAAACUAAUAAUUGAAGGAAGUAAAGGAGUUGAUCCUGCCGAUCCUAGAUUGUUGGACUUGCUCAAACUUUCUAUAAGAAUCAACUGUUUUCGUCCAAUUCACAUUCUUGCCCUGUAUUUAAAUGUCGGAACAGAGUCAUUUGAUUUGACAGAAUGGGUAUCUUCUUUAGAUGAUGAAGCCUUCUUCUAUUGCUUUGAUUUGGUGAUAAAGUCACUCGGAGAGAAGAACGACAAAUACCCAUUACUGAUAAAUUUACUGCAAACUUUUAUUGACAACUCCAACGAAUCCCCAAUCGUCCCUACUCUACUCUCGAGAUCAUUGUCAUCAUUCAUUUCGCAGUACGAUCCAAAUGAGGAAGAAAGCAACUUGAUUUUCUUGAAUGCCAUCCAAAAAUCAUUAGUUGGAUCGAAUAAGGUUUUCACUGCGUAUCUGAUUGAACAACUAUUGGUUCUAUUAAACAGAGUAUAUUCGAGUUUGGAAAACGGGUCCUCAAUGGUCUUUGUAAAAGCUUCAGAUAUUUUUUCAUUCAUUUUGAUUUACCAUAGAUCCAAACUGUACCGGCGUGAUCAUCUACUGUUGACGACAGUUAUCUGCCAAUUGAAAUGCCUGUUCAAGCAAACGUCGCAAUCUUCUGCGGUUGCUUUUGAAAGGGUCGUCACUAAUUUGUGCCAACCUCCCAACAAACUCUCGGGAACCCAAAGUUUAGUGAUUCAUUCUGACAGAGUAAAGGAAGCGAUUAGGCCAUAUCUUCCCGUUUUGGUACUAAAUUACGUAUCUCUAAAGAUCAAGGAUCCUAUGAAUUUUACUACACAAGAGCGUAAACAAAAGCUGGAGAGUGCCAUGUUUAUCGUUCUUCAAACGUUGAAAGAAGAGGAAUUGCAGGUCAUCAACUCAUCAUUAGAUGAAUCUGGCAGAGUGAUAUUCAAAAGUUUAUACGACACGUUCCGCAAAGAUCACAGUUUUGAUUGA